GGAAGCGGUGCGGCGGGAUGGCGGCGGCCGCAGCAGCGGCUGAGAGGGCCGGGGCCGAGCCGCCCCCAGCCUGUCCCAGCGGCGCGGACAGCGGGAACGUCUCCCAGAGCCACAGCAGCGCCUCCGGCCUCGGGGAGCCGGAGGACGAGGACGCUUGGGAAGCGUCGCUCGGCGCCACCGCCGCCGCUUAUUCCGCCUACCUGCUGGCCGACCGCAGCCUCUUCAGCGAGCAGAUAGAAAGCUUAGACAAGAGUCUAGAGGAUUUGCUGACCAGAGUGGAUGAAUUUGUGGGAAUGCUGGACAUGAUUCGAAGUGAUUCCUCUCAAGUUGUCAAUGAAAGUAUACCUCAAAUUUACACAAAAGCUACAGAAAUGAGACAGAUAUACAGGAAGAUUGACAAACUAGAGGCAUUUGUGAAGAUGAUUGGAAACAGCGUAUCUGAACUGGAAGAACGGGUCAUAAAGGCAGAAACAGAUCUUGGAGCUUUUCCAAGCACAUUCAAGAAAAUCUUGCACACAAUCAGCAUACCAUCUUUCCUUAAUAAAUCGUCUUCCUCACGACAACGACAGGCCCUUUAUGAACCUCCAGUCCUCUUCAAGACUGAAGACUAUUUUCCAUGUCUUAAUGAAGCACCUUAUUGAUGAUUUUUACUUUGGGAUUGAUAUGAGUCAGCCAGAACAGAAACAGCCAAGUGAACAAAAGAAAUGCUAACCUCAAAAUAGCUGCAUUUCUGAGCAUUAUUGAUGGCAUAUUGCCAUUCUGAUUCUCAUUGUCUUCCUUCAGGCAGUAUUUUCAGGUAAUCUUUCUUUGUGUACAUUAUUUCAAAGGUCUUCCUUAAACACAGUAUAAAUUUUCAUAUUAUCUUGGGGAAGGAACUUAAGAAUACUUCUGCAUUUUUGUUUUUAAAUAGGGGAAUAAUAGGAAACAUAUGUUACAUAUAAAUCUUUUAACACAAAUACCUGUGCUGCUGCAAGUGUAAAAAGCUAUAUGACAAGGAUGGGUUUUUUUGGUUUUUGUUGUGCUGCUUUUUUUUUUUUUUUCCUAAUGUACUGAUUGAAGUGAAAGAAAAACUGCAUAAAAUCGUGUACUCCCGUGUUUUGGAACCUGGUCCCUGCAGUUUGUCCAGAGAAAUGCACCACAUUGGGAUGUACAAGUUGCAGGGGGAGGACUUGGAAGAUCAGCGAGGAGUCAAGGAGGUGGCUCGAUGCUUUGUGAGCUGGGACUAGAUCAUGUGCAAACAUCAGGCCCCCACUGAUGUUCCUUAGGUCACAGUGACCUGAGCUUCUAAUUAUUGCAGCGUUGUAUUGUUUGAUGUGUAAUCAGGUGGCCAUGAUAUGUGUGUGUGUGUAUUUAUAUAUCAAACCUGCUGUCAAGAAGUAUCUAAGUUGAGGCAGGGAUGUCUCCCUGGGCUGAGCCUCUAUUGGGCACCUGACCAGGCUGCCCACUUUUCCCCUGCAACCCUCCCUGCGGUCAUUGGGGCUCCCCGUGCUGAUUGCAGUGUGAGUAUGUUAUCAAUAAACGAAUAGCUGUCUAA